AUGAACGACAAUUCGCGUGCUACAAAGCGUGCUGUUGACAGUAAGGCCCUGACUGGCCGCGAUAAGAAGAGAGCUAAAAACCUUGCGGCUCGCAAAAUAAAUACGGGAGGCUCGGCUAAUGCUGAAGUCGGUGUGAAAGGGCCGAAAGUUUCGGGGCCAAUUGAUGUUGUUGACUUCAUCCAAGCCCGAGCGUUUGAAAUCAAUGCAAUGGAGGCGUCUAUUAAAAACGCAAGGUAUGUCUGAUACUUUUCUACAUAACGGAAUACGUUUUUCAGACGAUCUUCUCUAUCGUCGAAUGACUAAUUUACCCAAUUUGUCCAACAGCGGUGCUUUGAAUCAACUGGCAUUUCAAUCUUUGCCCCGUGGACUGCGAAGACGAGCAGCGAGUCAUAAUAUAAAGCGGAUCCCAGUGAAACUUCGAGAAAAAGCCAAGUCUGAGAUGUUGAAAGGGUCUCCACCAAAAAGAACAGGACCACCAAGCCGAAGGAAGAAGAGAAGAGCCGCCACUAUCGUUGAAGAAUACCUACGCCGGCAAGGCAAUAAGAGAUGGUUAGAGACGCACACAUGGCAUGCAAAGCGCAUGCACAUGAAAGACAUGUGGGGGUACCGUCUUGCUGAGUUUCCAAACGAGAAAUCUAUUCGCGCUACGUAUAGAGCUUCAUCUCACCUUUCUAUUUUACACGAUGCAUCAUAUAUGGCAUGUCUGGAAUUGAAAGGUGUGGCUGAAGAGAUUUCAAGGCUUCUCGCACCUACUACCGAUCUGUCUUUACCCUCGGUGGCAAGUCAAAGGUACAACAAGGGACAUCGACUCGGUCAUACCACAUUAUAUCACUAUAUGACAUAUCCACAAAAUGCGAUUUGUCCUAUUACAUUUCUCUGGCAGCAAAAUCCUUCAACCACAUUGAGUAAACUUUGGUUAUGGAUCCACCCCGCAGCGUUUGAAGAAGCAUGGACAUGUUUGAAGGAUGCUCAGGAGAAGACUCAAAUGGAUAAUCCAGUGGUUAUUACGGAUUUGAGAGACGAAAUUUUGAUGUUUCAGCUGACAGGCCCUAGGUCGACAGCUCUACUUCAUGCGGUACUGGAUACCGCACAAGUGGACACCGCUGCAGCAAAUGGUAUGCAAAGAUCUAAUACAACCAACGCAAACAAGGUGUGGAGUUCGUUUAAAUACCUUAGAUCAUCAGCAUCAUUACCAGCAGGUGCGGUGCUUGGCAUAACUGUGCAAGAUCCACGACUAAAGUUUCCACAAAAGCUACCUCGUCGUACAAACCAGGUGCCUUCCAUCGAUGAGAAGGAAUUGCAACACAACAUCGCAAGCUGGCCCAGCGAUGUAGCCUUCAGCGAUCUUUGGAACGAAGAGAUUCGAGAAGAGCUGCGAAAGAACAAGAUACCUGAAUCAGAACUUAACGUUCGCCGUAGCAAGAAUCUUCUCCCUGGCACCAAACUUUUACUCACAGACGACGAUGCCAGAAUUCCAAUCAUUUUAGCUCAAAGAGGAGUCGCCACUCAUACCAACACGACGCCGUCAUCUCCAGAAUACCAGUCUGGCUGGAACAUCAUUCUCCCUAAAGGAUGGGGAGUGAGUUUCUGGAAAUCCCUUGUAUUCGCAGGUUGUCGGACGUCUGGUUUGCGCGAACAACAUGCUAUGCAUUUCGAGAGUGGCAUAGCUUGCUAUCCACAGGAUUGUCCUGAUACGAAGGCUUACGCAUUAUGGAAAGCAGAGGAGAAAUUAGCUGCAGAAAAGUCCUGGAAGCGAAAACCACCGGCUAAGCGACUUAACUUUGCUAAACUGGGGAUUGCAGACCCAUUCAAUGCUGACUUUUCAGGACUUGUUUCUUCUCAUGGUAACAAUGAUGUUGACAUGGAUGCGGGUGAUACUCCUAACUUAUGGAUAGUUCGAAGCAACCAAGUUAUAAAUGCUUUGGCAAUGUCAGACUCUUCUGAACUGGAAUCAUACCACGCGAAAGUGAUAUCUAUUAUGGAUAAGUUGUAUAAUCAACGACAGUUAGACUUGGCUAAGAAGCAGCCAUUGGAUCUUUCAAAAGCGCUCGUAUGCAUCCGAAUCGUACUUCUUGACCGUGGAACACCUAGUAUCAAUGGUCGCAUAUAUCUAGUCCCCAGUUCUGAGCAAUAUUCCAAAUACGUAAGGAAGUUAACAUCCGUCGAUAGCAAACGAAUGAAGGACGACGCCAGCGAUUCUGAUUCAGAUGAGGCUCUUGUAAAGGAAAGCAAUCUUGACAUGUCUUGUUUGAUCGGUUAUGUCACUACAGGACAAUACUCAUAUUGCUUGGGCAAAGGAAUGGCAAUAGGAAACAUCACGCUAGAUGGGUUAGUCAAGCUGCACACUAUAGACAAAAGCCAAGAUCGAAAAGUCAAAUUGCUUGUUCUCGUCAAAGGAGUACAAUCUCGCAUUUGCAGACCCGGUAUUAUAGAAGUUUUAUACUAGAAUCAUUUCAAUAAUCUGAUAUCGGCCUCCCAUCAAUUGUAAUACAUGUCUACAUUUCCUAAUCCAAGCAUGUUUCCAUAAUCACGCACCACUAAACAAAUACACUGCACUACUACUAUGAUGGAAUGUCAAAAGUUCAUUUGUUGUAAUUACUUUGGUUUAUGUAUAAACUACCUAAGCAGUUGGUUGGUUAAUCGUUCUCUUGCUGUCUGAUACGCUUGGAUGAACGACUGCUCGCUCAGCGGGAUGUCAGCAACGUCCAAACGUGGCUUGGAUACACGACCAACGAUAGCAUUGGAAUCCGUUUCCAAAAUGAUACUAUAAUUAGGGAGAUAUAGCGUUAACACGGGCACAAUU